ACUUUCCACAUCCUACACUCUCUCUCUCUCUCUCUCUCUCUCUCUACACACACAGGCUCUUUUGUUUUGAGGUUAGAAUGGCAAAGGAAGUUGAGGAAACAGUAGUAACAGAGCAGGAGUUCUCAGCCAAGGACUACCACGACCCACCUCCAGCUCCGCUAGUGGACGUGGUGGAGCUGACAAAAUGGUCCUUCUACAGAGCUAUCAUUGCAGAGUUCAUAGCCACACUUCUCUUCCUCUACAUCACCGUCCUCACCGUCAUCGGCUACAAGAGCCAGACUGACCCCAUCAAGAACGCUGACCAGUGUGGCGGUGUCGGCAUCCUCGGCAUCGCAUGGGCCUUCGGCGGCAUGAUCUUCGUCCUUGUUUACUGCACCGCCGGUAUUUCUGGAGGGCACAUAAACCCAGCAGUAACGUUCGGGCUCUUCUUGGCACGUAAGGUGUCACUCAUCCGAGCGUUGUUGUACAUGGUAGCACAGUGCUCGGGUGCUAUCUGCGGUGUUGGGUUGGUGAAGGCUUUCCAGAGAGCAUACUACGAUAGGUACGGUGGUGGGGCCAACGAGGUCGCACCAGGAUACAACAAGGGGACCGCUUUGGGUGCAGAGAUCAUCGGGACCUUUGUUUUGGUAUACACUGUGUUCUCAGCCACUGACCCUAAGAGGAGCGCACGAGACUCCCAUGUUCCUGUGUUGGCCCCACUCCCCAUUGGAUUCGCGGUAUUCAUGGUCCACCUAGCCACCAUCCCAGUCACUGGUACCGGUAUCAACCCAGCUAGAAGUUUCGGAGCUGCUGUCAUUUACAACCAGAAAAAGGCCUGGGAUGAUCAUUGGAUAUUCUGGGUCGGUCCAUUCGUUGGGGCAGCCAUUGCUGCAUUCUACCACCAAUUCAUUCUGAGAGCAGCAGCUAUUAAAGCUCUGGGAUCCUUCAGAAGCAAUGCCUGAGGAGUUUGAAUAACAAUGGAAGGACAAGAGAAGGUUCCUUUGAGCAAGACAAAAGUGAUUUGAUAAUGAAGAGAAAAAAGGGUCUUGGAAUUGUAGAUAAUAUUUCCUUCUGGUGUCUUUUGUAUUUCCUGUUUGUUUCAACUUUGUCUUUAUCUAUCUCCUUUCUUGAUUUUCUUGUCAUCAUCAUCAUCAUCAUCAUCAUCAUCCAAUUUUCUUUUUUCUUUUACCCCUUUUUAUCUUUUUAUAUUUUCUUAGAGUGUUGUGUAUUCAUGAUGUUUCCCCUUAAAUAAAUAAUCAAUUAGUAAA